CAAUCUUUUUGCGAAGGGGCGGGACCUUUAUCGUUCCCUAUAAGAGCGCCGGCGAAAGGCAUUUCUAUGAUUCCCAGCUGAGAGUGGCUUGGCACAGAGAUCAGAAAUCAUGACCCCAUACAUACUUGCAGCUGGUAUAUGUCUCUGUUUAACAACUGUACUUGCUGCUCCAGCAACUGAUCCAGCCUUGGACCAGCAUUGGGUGCUAUUCACAAAUUAUUACUCUAAAGCUUAUGGCGUGAAAGAAGCAGGUUGGAGGAGGAUGGUAUGGGAAAAGAAUCUGAAGAUGAUUGAAAUGCACAAUAUGGAAUCUUCAAUGGGAAAGCAUUCUUACAAGCUUGGUAUGAAUCAGUUUGGUGACAUGACAACUGAAGAAUUUAGGCAAUUGAUGAAUGGAUACAAGCAUAAACCCAAAAAGUCAGCAUCUACUUUCAUGCCACCUUUGAACUUUGAAGCAAAGAAGACAGUUGAUUGGCGUAAAGAAGGAUAUGUAACACCAGUUAAAGAUCAGGGUCAGUGUGGCUCAUGCUGGGCUUUUAGUUCUACUGGUGCUCUAGAAGGACAGCACUUCAGGAAGACCGGAAAACUUGUAUCACUGAGUGAGCAAAACCUUGUUGACUGCUCUAAACCAGAAGGCAAUGAGGGUUGUAAUGGUGGUUUGAUGGAUCAAGCCUUCCAAUAUGUUGUGGACAGUCAUGGCAUUGAUUCUGAGGAGUCUUACCCAUAUAUUGGCAAGGAUGAUCAGGAUUGUAAAUUCAGCUUGGAAGAUGCUGCUGCAAACGACACUGGCUUCACGGAUGUAGAAUCUGGGAAUGAGAAGGACCUCAUGAAAGCUGUGGCUUCAGUUGGUCCUGUUUCUGUAGCUAUUGAUGCUGGACACCAGUCAUUUCAGUUUUAUCAAAGUGGUAUCUACUUUGAGCCAGAAUGCAGCAGCUCUGAACUAGACCAUGGUGUUCUUGUUGUGGGAUAUGGAUUUGAAAAAGAGGAUGUAGAUGGAAAGAAGUACUGGAUUGUUAAAAACAGUUGGAGUGAGAAAUGGGGCGACCAAGGAUACAUCAAAAUUGCCAAAGACAGAAAGAAUCAUUGUGGAAUAGCAACAGCUGCCAGCUAUCCUCUAGUGUAGUUUUUAAGUAUUUAAGGCAAAGAUUUUAGGUAUAUCUUCAUGGUGAAGAACUUUAAUUUUAACACUCGGACGCUACAAAAUCACAUUUGUGUGCUGGGAAUUCUUAAACGAAGCUAUUUUAGUAUUGUUUACAUGUUUUUUUAUUUGGUUUCUAUGUGAAAUAAACUUGUUUAAUCAAAUGUACACAA